GCGGGCCCGCGCCGGCUACAAAGCGACGAAGGUCACGGCGCGAGGAGGUGCGCGCUGCCGCGCCCCGCGAUUCGCCUGCGGCCCUCCCCCGCGUCGCCGCCUACUGCCCGCCACCUCCCGCCCGCCGACCGCCUCCCGCCGACCGCGCGGGGAGCCAUGGAGGGAGUGAGCGCGCUGCUGGCCCGCUGCCCCACGGCCGGCCUGGCCGGCGGCCUGGGGGUCACGGCGUGCGCCGCGGCCGGCGUGCUGCUCUACCGGAUCGUGCGGAGGUCACAGCCGACACACACGACCGUCAACUGCUGGUUCUGCAACCACGACACAGUGGUGCCCUAUGGGAACCGCAAUUGCUGGGACUGCCCCCACUGCGAGCAGUACAAUGGCUUCCAGGAGAACGGCGACUACAACAAGCCGAUCCCCGCCCAGUACCUGGAGCACCUGAACCAUGUGGUGAGCAGCGCGCCCAGCCCCCGUGCCCCUCCGCAGCCCCAGCAGUGGGUGAGCAGCCAGGUACUGCUGUGUAGGAGGUGCAGCCACCACCAGACCACCAAGAUCAAGCAGCUGGCUGCCUUCACACCACGCGAUGAGGGCAGGUACGACGAGGAGAUCGAGGUAUACCGGCACCACCUGGAGCAGAUGUACAAGCUGUGCCGGCCGUGCCAGGCGGCCGUUGAGCACUACAUCAAGCACCAGAACCGCCAGCUGCGUGCCCUGCUGCUCAGCCACCAGUUCAAGCGCCGGGAGGUGGACCAGAGCCACACGCAGAGCUUCUGCUCGUCCGCGGUGAAGGCCCCGGCCCAGGUCAUCGUGCUCCGGGCCCUCGCCUUCCUGGCCUGUGCCUUCCUCCUGGCCACCACGCUCUAUGGCACCGGCGACCCCUUCGCCCCGGGGGGCACCCUGCCCCCGGCUUUGCCCCCUGGUGGCAAUGGCUCCGCCGCUCCCGACAACGGCACUGCCCCUGGGGCUGAGGGCUGGCGCCAGCUGCUGGACCUACUUCCAGAGCACGGGGCGGAGAAGCUGCGGGAGGCCUGGGCCUUCGGACGGAGCCACCAGACCGGCGUCGUGGUGCUGGGCCUGCUCACCUGCCUGCUGGCCAUGCUGCUGGCCGGCCGCAUCCGGCUCCGGAGGAUCGACGCCUUCUCCGCCUGCCUGUGGGCCCUGCUGCUGGGGCUGCACCUGGCCGACCAGUACCUGCAGGCCGCCUCGCCCAGCUGGCUGGACACCCUCAAGUUCAGCACCAUGUCCCUGUGCUGCCUGGUGGGCUUCACAGCAGCCGUGGCCACAAGGAAGGCGACAGGCCCACGGAGGUUCCGGACCCGAAGGUACCUCCCCGGAGACCCGGCCGGCCUUUUCCCCACGUACCCCAGCCUGGCCGUCCCCUGCCCGAGCGUCGCGGGCUCUUCUCCAUCUCUGCUGCUCCACGCGCCACCCGGCUUCCUGCCCCUCGCCAACCAGCAGCUGUUCCGGUCACCCCGGCGGGCCUCGCCCUCCUCCCUGCCGGGCCGGCUCAGCCGGGCGCUCUCGCUGGGAACCCUGCCCUCUCUGACCCGAGCAGACUCAGGCUACCUGUUCAGUGGGAGCCGCCCGCCGUCUCAGGUGUCUCGGCCUGGGGAGCUUCCCGUCUCAGAUUACUUCUCCCUGCUGUCGGGGAGCUGCCCCUCCUCCCCACUCCCUUCCCGGGCACCCUCCGUGGCCGGCUCGGUGGCCUCCAGCUCUGGCUCUCUGCGCCACCGCAGGCCCCUCAUCAGCCCUGCCCGGCUCAACCUGAAGGGGCGGAAGCUGCUGCUGUUCCCGUCGCCCCCCGGGGAGGCCCCCAGCACCCCCAGCAGUUCCGAUGAACACUUGCCCCACAAUGGCAGCCUCUUCAGCCUCGAGCCACCCCAGGUCCCUCAGGGGCAGCCGGCACAGGACACGAAGCACACUCCAGACAUGAGGUUGGUGCCAGAGAGGAGCAGCGCCUGCAGCAGCCGCUCCAUCAAGAAGGAGGACGACUCCUCACAGUCGUCCACCUGUGCUGUGGACACCACCACCAGGGGCUGCUCUGAGGGGGCUGCUGCCUGGACAGGUCGUUUUGGCCCCUCCCUGGUCCAAGGCCUCCUGGCUGUGAGCUUGGCUGCCAACGCCCUCUUCACCUCGGCCUACCUGUACCAGAGCCUGCGCUGACCCGAGGGCCUCCCGCCCACAGGGUCCCAGAGGGCAUGUCCAGGUGCAUGCUGCUGCCGCCACUGCUGCCUCGGAGCCUCUCCCCCCGGGCCCUGGACCCACUGCGUUGAGUCCUGGCCUCGGGACGUCUCCCCCACCACCAGACUGGGGCUGGUCUGGGCUGUGAGGCCGCCCUCCCCCGCCCACCUCUGGACUCACAUCAGUUGUGUUUGGUGCUGCCCCAAAGCCAGGGACCUCCCCAGGGGCUGUGUGGCCCUGGGGCCCCUCCCCACGGUCCUGCCUGGCCUAUGCGGUCAUCGCCACCCCUGUCACCGCAGCAGGAGCGGCUGCCCCUGACCCCGCACCGUGGCCGUGGGCCCAUCGCAGUACUGUACUCCCCUGUCCCACCGGGCCCCGCAGGCUCCCUGGGGAGACAGGAGGCUUGUCCCUGUGUCACUGUCCUCAGUGGAAAUGGCCUCCGUGGGGAGGUCCCCUUGAGGACCAGCACCCUCUGCCCAGUCCUGCCCCUUCUGCUGGCCUUAGUCAGGCCUGUCCUCCAGCUGUCCUGAUGGGCAGGGGUCCCUGGCCCUGGGCACCUCAAUUCCUGGGCCUUGGGGGCCCAGCUGGGCCUUCAGGACUAGUCAGAGCGCCUCGCCCCCAAGCCCCCUUCUGCCCGAGCGCCCCCUGUUCUGUUACCUCUGGUGACCUUCCCAGGCAGCAGCCUCGUCGCCCUGAGACCUUACCCAGGGCCCCGGCCUCACAUGCUGCCUCAGGGGCCUCGCCCCACCCUCAGCCGUGGAACUGCCCGGGGCAGCCCUCCAGUCACCGAGAAGACUGGACCCGACCCCCCAAACCUGGCUCUUUUCAGCCGCUGAGACCCCUCUUCCUCCCCUUUCGUUCUGCUGUCACCGUGGCCUGAGUGUGACCUCUUGUCUUUAGGCCACCGUGGCUGGCUGCCCCCCAGCUCCCCUUCGUCCCUGCCCCCGCCCCCGACCACUACUGCCGGUGUGCCCCCCACCCUCACCCUGGUGCUGGGGUCCCAACGUGCCUCUUGGGGAGGGAGGAGGGAGCUCGGUCUGGCACAGGGACCUCGCAGAGCUGUGAGGGGUGAGAGAGUGGGUGUCAGACCCUGUCCCUGCUGCCCUGGGCCUCAGACACUGGCGUGGGGUAGCGUGUGCGUGACGGUCCACGCACGUCUGUGCCGCUGGCGGGGGGGAACUGGCUGCCUGGAUGAACUCAGACUUGGGGGGGGUCUCGAGGACGGGAGGAAGGUCUUCACUCUGUCAUUCAGGGAUAAAGUUCCGUUUUAUUUUUCUACACGUCUCUGCUGGGUGAGGCGUCCUGCUGCUCGGCGGAUGUCUCGACUCUCCCCGCCAGGGAGGGCUCGUUUUUUUAAGCUUUGGGUGCUUUUUUAGUAAUUUUUUUUACCAUGUGGGGAAGGAGAUUGCUCUGACUUCCCUCUCCCUCUCUUCCCCCCGCUCCUGUCCUGAGAGCUAUUGUCCCUGCCCUGUCCCCACCCAGAACACAGGGGACCUGGGGGCUGAGGGGGCCACACCAGGACCCUGAGUCCAACUGCCCUAAAUGGUUCCAACUCAGAGAUGGUGUCUCUUGGCCCCCAUUUGUACAGUGGGCGUGUGCGUCAACUUUUUAACUUUAUUUUUUGCCUAAUAAAGCCAAACUCCAUUCUCGAAUGCACUUCCUCUCUGGCCCUGCGGAGGUCCCGCACGGAGCACCCACACUGACCCCCUCACAGGCCUGGCCCCUCCUGCCCAGGACCAGGGUAGCGGGGGAGGCUGGGCCGGAAGGGCUUUGCUUAAACAAAAAACACAACCUUAUUUUUCUUUACAAAAGCAAAAAAAGGAAACCAAAAGAAAUGCCGACCUGUGAGCUACUGUUCAUUCUGUCUCAUCUUCACCUGCUCUGCAGCCAGGCCGUUUGCGAAGGACCUGGAUGUGGGGUGGGGGGCCCAGCUGAGGUGGAGC